AUGCUGGAGAAUCUACUGCCGCAGACCGGGACUAUCAUUAAUUCCUUGUACCACCUGAGCCGGGAUGUCCCACUCUAUCCAGAGAAUUACAUCCAAGCGCUAAGUUAUUGGCAGAGCAGUUAUGGUGAUGAGCCCAAGGAGCCACACGUUAGUCGUGCAGAGCACCAGGACCUUGAGCAGCACUUCAUGGCCACAGCACCCGCGCAGGUCAUCAGCGCGAAGAAGCAGGAAAAAUCCGUUUUUAACCACGAACGGCAACCCAUAGAGUUUGGAAGCCCGCCAUCAUCGUUAUCACCGCCGCUACAGGCUCAGACAUGCGACAUCCUGUUUCAGCCACCUCCUACUGGUUACUACAGACGUAACACCAAGAAAUCGCGCGCGAGUGCGCCGAGCCCGCAGUUGUACCAUCCGGUUGCGCGGGAGGCAGGACUAGCGUCCAUUCAACCACCAUCGCACUUCGCGCAGGAGGGAGAGCUGUUUGAGGACAAAGAUUAG